AUGACUAAACCGGUGGCUGAAUCUGAUCCGCAAAAGUGUGAUAAGUGUUACGAAACUGUUGAGAAUCAGGAGCUGAUCCUGAAGAUAAUCCAAGACAAACUCAACGAAUGCAAUGAAUUAAAAAAGCGUGACAACGAUUCAGACACUGAAAGUGUUAAGUAUUGCUGUGUGUGUAAGAAGUUUACCACCGAUUCUCAAGAGUCGGACGGAGUUUAUAACAAAUACAAGUCAAAAGAUGGCAAUCCGGCCAACAGUUACGGAACUAUUAAUCCGGUGGUCGUUAUCAACAUGUUUAAGGAUGAGGACCACAUCGGGGCCGGAGGUGUCAUCAAUGAAGCCUUUCUCAACAACGAAGACAACACUCACUUUGAUUUGAGAAUUAUUCCCGAAGUGAGCGAAGAAUACCAAAUGGAUCCGACUCUAGAGAGACCCACACCUAUUGGUGACAACCCUUUUGGCCAUUCGGACAAAUGGAGGACAGCGUCGAGGAAAUCAAUGGCAUCGACAAAGUCUCACAAUUCAACACAAUUGCGAACAAUGACUCCGUCCGCGAGACGGAGGUCUUCGGCCAUCACUUCCAAUGCCAGUGAAAAGCGAAGGGAAAGCAUAAGGAAUAUGUUGUUUGGAGACCCGGAGCUCUCACUCCGACGAUUCAGUCAAGACAUUAGAAGCACUCUUAAUGAGGAAAAAGAAUUGAGCGAUGAAUACGAAACCUAUAAAGUUAUAUUCCUUCAGGUCUUUCUCCCAUUUCUUAUCGCAGGUUUUGGUAACGUUGGCGCCGGUCUUAUACUUGAUUAUGUCCAACAUUGGGAUGUAUUUCAAAAUGUGUCCGAACUGUUUAUUUUGGUCGCUUCAUUUCUGGGUUUUAAAGGCAAUUUGGAGAUGACAUUAGCGGCCCGACUGUCCACUCAGGCAAAUCUGGGUAAUUUGGAUAAACCGUGCCAACAGUGGGGAAUGGGUGUGGGAAAUAUUAUCCUGAUCCAAUGUCAGGCGAUAGUGGUCGCCCUUUUGGCCGCAAUAUUUGCCAUUUUAGUCAAUAUACUCAAGGAUUGGGAGUUUCAAACCGAUCACUGUUUACUGAUUUGCGCCACGAGUCUCAUCACGGCGUCGGUCACCGGCUUUCUUCUCGCAUCUCUUAUGAUAGCAGUGAUAAUACUCGCCCGCAAAGCGGGUGUCAAUCCUGACAACUGCAGUACAUUAAUCGCAGCCUUUUUGGGCGACAUAUCGGCGGUAGUGAUGUUGUCCGGAACCGCUAAACUACUAUACAAUGUCCGUCACAUCCAAUGGAUUGCCCCCACAUUUAUAGUCAUUUUCUUAGCACUGCUUCCUUUCUUUAUAUUUAUCGCUAAGAAUAACGAAUACACCAGAGAUCUGAUCGACAGGGGAUGGUAUCCAAUCAUUAUAGCGAUGUUUGUCUCAAGUAUUGGUGGCUUUAUAUUUGAUUUUGCGGUCAGUAUUUUUGAAACGAUAGCCAUAUUCCAGCCCAUAAUCAAUGGCGUCGGCGCCAACUUAGUUGCCGUUCAGGCGAGCAGAAUCUCCACAUAUUUGCAUCAGAGGUGCGCUUUGGGCGAAAAACCUCCCAUUAGUUGUAAAGUGAAUACAGAUAUUUGUCAAUUACCUCAUCAUGUAUUUAUGGGCUCAAAUACAAACGUGAGAACCGCUAGACUGUUGCUAAUA